GGAUGACAUACUGGUGCCCCAGUGCAGUACUGGGAAGGAAGCAUGUUGUGAGCAGUGUGCAGCCUCUGGUCCAGCCGCAGUCCGAUCCCUCCACACCUGAUCCUCGUAUUGUGGACUCUGCAUGCUCCACCGCCGGCUGCUCACUACAAUCUGCAGGAUGACCGAGGAGGCCAAGAGACUGGCAGGAUGUGCGGCCGUGGACAAUCAUGUCAAGAAUAAUCAGGUGCUCGGCAUUGGGAGUGGCUCAACCAUUGUCCACGCAGUGAACCGGUUAGCGGAGCGAGUGAAAAAAGAGAACCUCCAUGUGUUCUGCGUCCCCACCUCCUUCCAGGCGAGGCAGCUGAUCCUGCAGAAUGGAUUAACCCUUACUGACCUGGAGAGACACCCGGAGCUUGAUGUUGCUAUUGAUGGUGCCGAUGAAGUGGAUUCUGAACUCAACCUCAUCAAAGGCGGAGGGGGAUGUUUGGCCCAAGAGAAGAUAGUAGCCGGUUGUGCCAAAUCCUUUAUUGUAAUUGCUGAUUACAGGAAGGAUUCUAAGAACUUUGGAGACCAGUGGAAGAAGGGGAUCCCUAUAGAAGUGUUCCCGAUGGCUUACGUUCCAGUGACCAAAACCAUCCAGCAAAGGUUUGGUGGUGUGGCCGAACUGCGGAUGGCCGUCAGCAAAGCUGGCCCAGUGGUGACGGAUAAUGGGAAUUUUUUGCUUGACUGGAAGUUUGACAAAGUUCAUGACUGGGCAGCUGUUAAUACGGCUAUCAAAAUGAUUCCAGGUGUGGUGGACACUGGGCUCUUCAUUAACAUGGCCGAACGAGUCUACUUUGGCAUGGAGGACGGAACCGUGUCUAUUCGUGAUAAACCCGCACAUUAGACCCUGAACACAUCUCUUGUGCCUUGCCCCUAGCCAAUCGUUUCCAUGACAAUUCUAUACUUUUUUGCUAUUUUUUCUUCAGUUGUAUUGUUUUAUGUCUCACAUUUUGCCUUUUAUUUUUUCUUGGUACAUUUCUGAUGUGUCUUAAAUAAGGGACUCAAGUGGUACCAAACCACAUUAUGCUACCUGUGCCAUGUGCAUAAGACAAACAGCCAGGCCGGACAACCUACUGUAUAAUGGCAACCAUUCUGUGGGCUAAACUAAACAUGGAUACAACUCAUCUAUGCACCAUAGGCCAAUGACAUUACUGAGGUACUUUAAUAUUUAUGUAAUUGUAUGCUGGUUAGUUGAUGGGCUGCAUCUUCAUGAAUUUCAGUUUAGCCCCCAAAAUGGCUACCUUCAUCAUGUAUAAGGAUAAUCACCAGUAAACCUUUUAAUGACCGAAAUGUGCGAAAUUGAACUGUAAUGCCAAGUGUACCUAUUCAAAAGAAAUGACCUUGCACUGUGUUCAGUUAUCUGACAAUCGCUUUGUUUGGCCUGCUCUUCAAGGGGAACUCCAUUUUCAAAAACCUUUACGGUUCAACUUUGUGGCUUGCUAAGGAACAUUUCACAUCUUUUUGUUUUACAGUUUUUGUACUAGAUGUUGAAUUAGUUCAUAGAGAUGAACAAUGGAGCCUCUUUGUAGAUAUUUUGAUGAAUCUAGGUGUUCAUUUUGACUAGAGAUUAAAAAAAAAAAUUUCUAGUGGGAAAAUAGUGGGUGCCGUCCAUAGACAAUUGGAUCACCUUUUAUUUUUUAUUUUUUACACCCCAGAAUAAGAGUUCCCUAAUGCCUCCAUUCCCAUUAACCUUCACCAUUGGGAUACCAAUGUAUUACUAUGCCACCUCCUGAUAAAGAGAACAAAAGGGUCGGGCGUUUACAUUCAGUUGGGAGCUCCCCAUCCAGUUUUUUUUUUUUUUUUUGUGGUGUUUUGUUUUUUGAACCGUCCUAUUAAUUUACAGAUUUCUUAUAUUUAAAAAAAUUAUUAUUUUUUUUUAAUAUUUUACACUAGUGCCAUAAAGUUGACUGCUCUUUGACGUGAAUUUAAUUAUUCGGCGCAUUUAACUUCUGCACACGCAGGAAUCAAUUUUUUUUUCUGAUAUCUUAGUGUGGCACAGCCGCUUUACUAGGGCUAUGGGAUUUAUAUUGAAUCUGCACAGUGAAGCCAUGGGCUCCUAGUAGGUGGGUGGGCUCCAUUAUAAGGAAAAUGGCUGCCUGUAGUACACAGUGAUUUGAUAUCUUCAAAAGGGUUGACCAAAACUGGAGAAUUAUAGC